AUGGCACUGAACACAGACCUCAGACUAUUCACAAUUUCCAGACACCCUCACCCGGAUAGUGUACAAACGCCCCCCCCCCCCCCCCCCCCCCCCCCCCCCCCCCCCUAACAUCAGACAGACGGUUGUUAGGUCAGAUUUACCCCCCCCACCCCACAAAAAAAACGGACAUCCUCUUUGACCAUGUCCAAGAGGGCAAUUACAGGUGAAUACGUUGAGCACAGUGCAAUUUCACGACCAAAUGCCACACAUUCAACCAUCCUAUGACAGGAAAACCUUUUAAAAUGAAAGGUAUCAUAACAUGCUCUACAAAGAACAUAGUCCACCUAUUGAAAUGCCCUUGUGGCCUAUGUGGGAAAGAGGCGUUGGGCAAGAUGCAUAUCCAAAUAUAGAAUUAGCAUCAGAAACCAAGACCCCAAAAGUCCAGUCGCUAUGCACUUUAUGACUGCCAGACACGUUGCCUCAUUAAAGUACAUGGGUAUCGUGCAUGUCAAAGUCCCAAGGCAAGGGGGGGACAUCGAUAGACGUCUAUUGCAAAGAGAAUCCUACUGGAUAUUCAGUUUGGAAACCAUGUCUCCAAAAGGACUUAAUGAGGACUUUCCCAUUAGCCAUUUCCUGUGA